AUGGCACGCGCGUCGUUCGACUCCUCCUCACUUCUCCUCGCCUCGCCUCGCCUCGUUUUGCCUCGCCUCGAUUCGCUUCGCUUCCCAUCGUUCCGUUCGAGCCGUUCCCACGGCCGUCCACCAAAGCCACGACUUGUCACAGGCUCGUUGACACAUUGUGCUCGCGUGGCAGCAUUGUUUGCCUCCAGACACACACAAAAGAUUGAUGUCUGUUGGUCAAACAGUCGAAAAUCUGUGUCGGCAUCGGCCGUGGGCCGUGGGAAGGUCGGCACAGGCGCGCGCCCGCAGCUGCCUAAUCCUCCUCCAGCGGCGAACAGCUCGCCCCAGCCCGCCUACCCGCCCGCCCGGGGCCCCUGUCGCGAGGUGUCGUGCGCCGCCAACAACUGGGUUACUACUUUCCCACAGCUUUUUACAUACCUCGUGAAAAGUCCUCGUCGUCGUCACUCUCUAUUGUCGUCGGCGGCGGCGAACGCCGCUGUGCCGACGGGCGACAAAAACGUCGACGCGUGCCGACGAACGACCACCGCCUCCGCCUCCACCUCCGCCUCGUUCCUCCGUUCGGUUCCGUUUGAGGGCUCCACUGACUCGCCAGAGGCCAUCACAUCACAUCACAUCGACCUCCUCUGUCGGCUCCCUCACAGCGUCAGCACAUGA